UCCUUUUCCUCGCUUUUCACUCUUCUGCUCUCAUCACUCUCUCAUUCUCUUCAGUUUUCAUCAUUACUGAGCUCUCAACCAUGUCCGCCGAGAAGGAGCGAGACACUCUCGUUUACAUGGCCAAGCUCGCCGAACAGGCCGAGCGUUACGAAGAAAUGGUUGAGAGUAUGAAAAGUAUUGCAAGGCUUGAUUGUGAACUCACUGUGGAAGAGAGGAAUCUCCUCUCUGUUGGUUACAAAAAUGUCAUUGGUGCUAGAAGAGCUUCUUGGCGAAUUAUGUCUUCGAUUGAACAGAAGGAAGAGACUAAAGGCAAUGAAAACUAUGUUAAACUCAUUAAGAGUUAUCGCCAGAAGGUUGAGGAGGAACUCGAUAAAAUCUGCAGUGAUAUUCUCUCUAUCAUCGAUAAGCAUCUCAUCCCCUCAUCUACAUCUGGGGAAGCUACUGUUUUCUACUACAAGAUGAAGGGUGACUACUAUCGAUAUCUAGCUGAAUUCAAGACUGAUCAGGACAGGAAGGAGGCAGCUGAGCAGUCACUUAAGGGUUAUGAGGCUGCUUCUGCCACUGCAAGCACAGACCUGCCUUCAACUCAUCCAAUUCGUCUUGGCCUUGCUCUUAAUUUCUCUGUCUUUUACUAUGAGAUCAUGAAUUCUCCCGAGAGGGCUUGCCAUUUGGCAAAACAAGCUUUUGAUGAGGCAAUUGCAGAAUUGGACACCUUGAGUGAAGAAUCAUAUAAGGACAGCACGCUAAUCAUGCAGUUAUUGAGAGACAACCUCACUCUCUGGACUUCUGACUUGCCUGAAGAUGGAGGUGAGGAUAACUUUAAAAAUGAAGAAUCCAAGCCUGCAGCAGGAGAGAGCCAGCAUUGAUAAAAUUGAGAAUCCUGCACAUGGCCAUGUCUAGGGCAAAUUUGCAGAAGUGGCUGCUUUUUAUUAGGUUUUCUUGGGAGGGGGAUUGAGAUUUGAUCAAAUGAAGUAGACGCUCCAUGACGUUAUGGUGGUGUUGUGGUCUACCAAAGCUAGAUGAUUGUUGAUUGAUCAACUGCUCUCCAUAUUUCAAAGACACUGCUUCAACAAUACCUUAUAAUUUUUCUUUGUAUUAUUGUGUCUAUUCGUUCCUUUUCCUCAAUUUUUGAAGCAAAAUUUUAUAUUUUUCUCCUUGUUUACAUUUAUUAAAUAUUCUUCCAUGUAUGAACCUUUAUCAAAUUAAUGAAUGUUUUCAAAACCUUUUGCUA